AAAAAAAUAUCAAGGAUACAAUGUUAAAAUAAGACAUUUGAAUAAUAAGACAUGAUAAGAACCAUUAAAAAAACAACAUUCCAUCUAGGCAUAUAUUUGAACAAUAUUAUUUCUUGAUCGAUCAUUCUAGAAAUUGUUUGUUUUCAAGCUAUAAAAAUAUCGAAUCAACACAAUGGCUGAUGACAAUACAGACAAAAUGUUGCGAAGAGAAACAACUAACGUUAACAACAACAACAAAAACAACGACAAUAAUAAUGGAACGGAUGUGGUUAAUUUGGAUGAUUAUAAAAUUGAUCAUAAACGACGAUAUUAUCCAUUUACAAUAGUAUGGACACCUGUUCCAAUUCUUUCUUGGUUAUUUCCACAUAUGGGACAUUUAGGUAUUGGUAAAUCAGAUGGUCAUGUAAGAGAUUUUGGUCGUCCAUAUAAAAUACUUGUGGAUAGUUUACAAUUUGGUCGUCCACUUAAAUAUUGGAUACUUGAUCCACGAUUAGCUAAAGGUGGUAUAAAAGGUUGGGAUGAUGGUAUCGAUGAAGCUGGUAAUCUUUUCUGUAAACGAAUGAAUUAUUUAUUCGUUUCAAAUUGUCAUUCACAUGUAUCGACAGCAUUAAAUCAUAUGGAAUAUAAUGGCCGUAAAGAUUAUAAUGAACAUAAAUUAUUCUGGAUGUUUAAUAAAAAUUGUCAUUAUGUUAGCACAUGUACAUUUAUUCGAACAUGGUUACCAUUGACAUUGAUUGUAUCGACAAUUACUGUUAUUGUUCUUUAUACUCAAACCAAUGUAUUUGAAGAUUUAUGGGCUAAAAUCCAUUAAUUCAUUUAAGAAGAUCCAUUUUUUUGAAACAUAUAAAAAAAAUUACAUUUGUA